UGAAAAUAAUCUGUAGAUGUUGAGACAUGCGCAGACGAGAGAUGAUGCCAUAUUGGACUUGAGUAUUCAGCUGACACACGCAUACACGCAACGUUCCUGCUUCAACCAGAACACAGGAUAACACAAUUCAGAUAGACGGGGAAACAAGCUUAAGGCAUGGAUUGUGUGGAGGAGGAGGUGGAUUUUAACUGGGAGGAGUAUCUCGAGGAGACUGGAGCCACUGCUGCCCCACACACUUCAUUCAGACAUGUGGAGCUCAGUCUUCAGAGCAGUUUUCAGCCUGGAAUGAAGCUCGAGGUAGCCAAUAAAGGCAGUCUGGAUACGUAUUGGGUGGCCACCAUCAUAACCACAUGUGGUCAGUUGCUAUUAUUACGCUACUGUGGCCAUGGUGACGACCGCAAAGCUGAUUUCUGGUGUGACAUCAUGACAGCCGAGCUGCAUCCUGUCGGUUGGUGUGCUCAGAACAACAAAACGCUUCAACCACCUGAAGAUAACGUUUACCUCAAAGCAGCUAUAAAAGAAAAGUUCAGUGACUGGACUGAGUUUCUUAUCAAAGAGCUCACAGGUUCACGAACGGCACCAGCAAACUUGCUUGAAGGGCCAUUACGAGGUAAAAACACAGUGGAUCUGAUCAUAGUAGGUUGUGUUUUGGAGGUGCGUGAUGCCUUGGAACCCAGCGUGUAUUGGGCUGCUCGGGUCCAGCAUAACGUCGGUGGACGCUUGUGCCUCAGCUAUGUUGGACUAAAUGACCCCGCCUACUACUUCUGGAUGUUCUAUCUAGACAUGAGACUCCGCCCCCUGGGCUGGGCCAAGGAGAAUAAUUUAUCAAUGGAGCCACCCACAGAUCUAUGUAUUUUGAGGAGCAGGUCAGAAUGGACUGAAGCUUUAGAUGAAGCCACUGCUAAAGCCCUUAACAGUCCACUUCCACUGGAGGUCUUCAAGGAUCACACUGACUUGCGUACACACUCCUUCAGGACAGGAAUGAAGCUUGAAAUGGUGUCACCAAAAGAACCUUUCCACAUCUGUCCUGUGUCUGUAACAAAAGUCUAUAAUGAAUACUACUUUCAGAUCACUGUGGAUGACCUUACUCCUGAAGCCCCACCCACUUCUGUGGUGUGCCAUGCUGAUUCGCCAGGCAUUCUGCCAGUCCAGUGGUGUCUAAAGAAUGGUGUGGGACUGGAGAGGCCACGGGGUUUUGAGUCACAGGACUUUGACUGGGCAGAUUACCUCAAACACACGGCCACUGAAGCUGCUUCAGAUGUGUGUUUCCCAAACGCGUGUCAGAGCAGGGGCUUCUGUAAGGAUAUGUGGCUUGAAGCUGUCAACCCACUCCAGCCUUCCGAACUCUGUGUUGCUCGUAUCACUCAGGUCAAAGGUCGACUACUCUGGCUGAGACUAGAAGGCCUGACCAAGCCGUCAGCAGACUGUAUAGUGGAUGUGGAGAGUAUGGAUAUAUUCCCAGUGGGCUGGUGUGAAGCUAACGGCUAUCCGUUAUUGCCGUUACAGAAGACAGUCUGUCCUCCUCAGAGAAAGAUUGCUGUUGUACAGCCUGAGAAACAGUUGCCCCCCUCACAGCCUGCUGAUGUUCCCCUUAACCUGUGCUCCUCCAUCGCUAUGGAAACAGGUUUGGUGAAUGGAAAAUACUGCUGUUCUCAACUCUAUGUGAAUCAUCACUGUUUCUCUGGUCCGUAUCUCAACAAGGGCCGAAUCGCUGAGUUACCGCAGGCCGUGGGGCCCGGCAAAUGUGCUUUAGUCCUUAAAGAGAUUCUGACAAUGUUAAUAAACUCAGCGUAUAAACCCGGCCGUGUGCUCAGAGAGCUACAGAUGGUAGAGGAUCCACAAUGGAACUGCAUGGAGGAAACCCUGAAAGCCAAAUAUAAAGGGAAGAGCUACCGAUCCACCAUGAGGAUCGUUCGAGUAGCAGAACAAGUGUCAGAGUUUUGUCGUCGAGUGUGCGAAAGACUACAGUGCUGUCCAAAUCUUUUUGGCCCAACGCUCGUUACCGACAAGUGCCCUGAAAACUGCUCGAGCCAAACCAAGACCAAAUACACAUAUUACAAGAAGAGGAAAGUCGGCCGGCCAAGUUUAGGGGAGAACACACAGGAAGGAGACAUGACCAAACCAGCACGCCGCAGAAAGAAACGCAAGGCCAUCUUUGUCCAGAAGAAACGACGCUCUUCUGUUUUAGGAUAUCACACCACAGAAUCACCUCAGGAUAGCGAUUUUUACUAUGAUGAUGAGGAAGAUUAUUUUGAGGAGUCAGGCAGUGAGCAAAGUUCCAGCUCACCCCAUGACCAGUCCCCUGCACACUCCUUCAAGGAAGCCCCUCGGAGAGGAAGACCUCCAAGACAAGCUGCUCUUCUGCGCAGGGCGACCCAUCUUGGGCCAGAAACCUCAGACAGGUCAUCUCCCAGGAGAACCACACGCUCGGUUUCUUACAACCAGAACAAGGCAGCCAAACACACACACACAAAGGCAGAGAAUGUUGAAGAGGAAGAUGACCGGCUGGUUUUAGAGAGGAAUCCUUUGGAAUGGAGUGUAUCUGAUGUGGUUGACUUCAUCACAUCCACAGACUGUGCCUCCCUCGCCAAGAUAUUCCAAGAUCAGGACAUUGAUGGACAAGCUUUGUUGCUAUUGACUCUUCCUACAGUGCAGGAAUGUAUGGACCUGAAGCUCGGCCCAGCCAUCAAACUAUGUCAUCAGAUCGAGCGAGUCAAAGUGGCCUUUUACUCCCAGUACGCUAACUAAGCUAACUGUGCUAACACUGCUAGCAUACCCAGAGGCCUUUGCUUUGGCAGACAUAAAGAAACAGAAACCUGUGUAUCGUCCUCAGGGGUGUAAAGUAUCAUUCCAUCCAUCACGAAACCUCGGGUUGGCUGCAGUACAUAGCCUACUGAUUUCAGAGGAUUUUUAAACCAACUCAGCGAUUGUAUUAUAUUGACAUCAUUUUCCUUUGAUACGGCAUUUCAUCCUGAACAAUGUUAUAUUUUCUGCUUGGUGGACUGGAUCGUUAAAGAAGACAAACCAAACAAUCUAGAGGAAGCUUUGAUUGUUUUCUGGUAGAGUUUCGAAUGUGUAACGUUUUAAAGAGAGAGCAUGAACAUACGAAUGAAGACAAUUUUGAAGAUCGCCAUGCACAACUGCAAAUUCAAAGGCAAACAAUUGACAGCCAGUUUAAAUGUGUAAAAACUUCCACUGAUAAGACCAAAUUAUAUUUAUAACGGCAAAAUAUAUAUAAAGUAUUGACUUAAGAAGUUGGCUAAUAUAUUUGCAUUAUUUAUUUUGCUCUGAUAAACUAUUUUUUUAAUGUUCGUAAUUUUAGGAAGUGUUCAACUCAGGCAUUAUUAAUUCACUGGCUUAAAUUAUGGAUUUUCAUUAUUAUCAGGACUGAAAUUUGAUAUGGCAUGUUCUGUGAUGGCUGUAUGUUGUGUACUUUUGCAUGCAUCUGUACGCACACAUGUAUAACUUAUUGUAUUAUAUAAGAGCUCUACGCUUUCGUCAGAUAUUCAAGUACUUGCCUAUUGUCUGUUUUCUAAUCAACACUUUGCAAGUGAUGAUUCAGGCCAAAUGAAUUUUAAAGAGCUGCCUUUUGUCAUGGCCUGUCUAUAUUUUAUGUAAAUGUGACUUUGAUAUAUGCAAAUGUUAUAUAUAUAUAUAUUUAGUGUUUUAAUGACUUUCCUUGUGGUAUAUUUUUUACUUUAACUCUGCUUUAUGACACUUCUUUUGAUCUUUACAAGAUUGUAUAAAAAUUUUGUUAACGGCUAAUGAAAUACUGUCAUCAAUA